UGAGGAAAUGGGGACAACUUCCGUAGAGUGGUGUCACCCUUUGACUUCUUCUAGAAAGCAGAAGGAUCUGAGUGCGAGCCAUCUCUUUGGGAAGAGAUCUUGGGAAGGAUCUUUAGCAGAGGCAAGAAGAGGAGAGAGUCCGAAAAGUGGACCGGUCAGCAGCGUGGGUGACUGGAGUGCCAUCCUGUGGAGAGCUUGGGAGGCCCUUCGGUUACACCGUUUGCAGGGCAGUUCCCAGCAAUGAGCUGCCAGAGAACUGGACGGACACUCGGGAGACCCUGCUCGAGGGGAUGCUCUUCAGCCUCAAGUACCUGGGCAUGACGCUGGUGGAGCAGCCCAAGGGCGAGGAUUUGUCAGCUGCCGCCGUCAAGAGGAUCGUGGCCACGGCCAAGGCCAGCGGGAAGAAGCUGCAGAAAGUGACUCUCAAGGUUUCACCACGGGGGAUUAUCCUGACCGACAACAUCACCAACCAGCUCAUUGAGAAUGUGUCCAUUUACAGGAUCUCCUACUGCACAGCAGACAAGAUGCACGACAAAGUGUUUGCCUACAUCGCACAGAGUCAGCUCAACGAGAAUCUCGAGUGCCAUGCCUUCCUCUGCACCAAGCGGAAAAUGGCCCAGGCUGUCACCCUCACAGUGGCCCAGGCCUUCAAAGUUGCCUUUGAGUUCUGGCAGGUGUCCAAGGAAGAGAAGGAGAAGAGGGAGAAAGCCAGCCAAGAAGGAGGGGACGUCCUGGGCGGGGGCCUCCGUGACAGCACCCCAUCACUGAAGAGCCUGGUUGCCACUGGGAACCUGCUGGACUUGGAAGAGAUGGCCAAGGCCCCGCUAUCCACGGUCAGCGCUAAUACCACUAACAUGGAUGAGACACCAAGGCCCCAAGCCUUGAACAAUAGCAGCGUUGUCUGGGAGCUGGAUGACGGCCUGGAUGAGGCAUUUUCAAGGCUUGCCCAGUCUCGGACGAACCCUCAGGUCCUGGACACUGGAUUGACAGCACAGGACAUCCACUAUGCCCAAUGCCUGUCCCCUGUUGACUGGGACAAGCCUGACAGCAGUGGCGCUGAGCAGGUUGACUUCUUCAGCUUCUGAGGCCGAUGACCUCUUCAGCUUCUGAGGCCCUACGGGGCCAGCGGGACACGUGACAGACCAAAGCCUCUCGUGGCAGGGUGGGGCCAGCCCCAGGACCCCCAGGGUCCUCCAGGACCCUUCCGGGUGGCAGUGCUAUGGGCCUGCAAAUCACAGCUGCGUCCAAUCAAGCAGGGGGAAAAGAGAAACAUACUUUUCCCCCUGCCACACUCUUUCCCUGAGAACUGAGGAUGCCUUGAAUAUUUAUUCACUGACUCCUGGUUCAACUCGGAAGCCAGUUUUGCGUCAGGCACAAGUGCAGUGUUUUUACCAGCUCUCUGUCCUCUCCUGAGAAAGCUCGGCUCUGCUGUGGGUGUCAGGACGGUGACCAAAGCAUUUCUUAUCCUUUCUCUUUUUCAGAGGCCCCAAAUUUCCCUGGAGGCAUCCUCACUCCUUACAGACAGCUGUCAUCUUUUGAGCAGGGGGGGGCCUGUGGCCUCAGGGGAGCCCCGAGUCUGGUGCCAGGGCCCCUGCAGGCAUGGGCCCUCUCCACCCCCACCCCACACCCCCUGGGCUCUGAGAGACAGAGGGGCAGCCUCUGACCAAAGACAACACGUAGCUGGCACUUUAAAGCACACACAGCAGGUGUGGCCCCCAGGGGCUCCUCGAUGGUGCUGCUUUGCAUAGAGCUUUCUGUCUGUCUUCCCGCAAGGAGGGCCUGAAGUUCCCGCCGACGGUCCCAUGUGUGUUUGGGACCAGUGUCACUGGCUGCCCGGAGGCUCCCAGGGUCUGACUGCAACAGUGGGGGCCAUCUCUGUGUGACUGCCUGUCGAGGUCCCCCACCCCACCCCCCGUCAGAUGAGCGUGUGCCCUCCUAUUCUGUCUGCCCAGGUGUCUCUGAGCCCCAAGUCCCCAGGCUCCUGGGACAGCGUGUGGAGCCCAGCACACAGGCUUGUCCCAGUCAACAGGGGACAGCCUAGACUUGGUCAGGAUUGUCUGGUCGUCAUGUUACAGGUGUGGAAGCGGUCCCAAGCGGGGAACGGGUGGGGUGAGAAUGGAACCAGCUCCCAUGCCAAAGUUGCCUUCUCCCCCUCACGUCUCCCAGCUUGUACCUCCUUUCUUUCUGGCUUUGUUGUCCUCCCGGGAACCAAAAACCCCAGCUAUUUUCUGACCAAAAUGUGUUUCAUAACAAACCAUCUGGUGCCUUUCCACGCAGAACUGGCUUGAGCCUCUGUGCCCCGCUGGCUGGCUGCCGACUUCCAUGAAAAUGGAAUUCAGAGGGUGAAACAAAACCAAACUCUGGAAGCACCACCCUCCUUCUGACUCUCACCCCUGGGUCGGGACCUGUCAGCAGCAGUCUGUCCUCAGAGUCUCCUUUAGCUCCCCCCCACUGCGUCACCCCUCGGGGCGCCCAUCAGAGCUGCCAGGGUCCUCUCUACCCAGAGGUGCCUCCCGGCCUGGCCUUUCGAAGCUCAAGCCACCGAUCACAGGUGGCACAUGGGAGACACACACACGUGUCUCAGAAUUGGCUUGUCCAAGCACUUGGAUCGGCACUGGGCCAGGAGAGGGGUGGCAUCUGUAGAGUCUGUCAGAACAUGGGGUCAUCCUUUCCCUGCCCAGUUCUUGCACCUUGCUGCCCACCCCAGGCCUCCUGGAUUUGUUAGGAGGCAGCACAGGUUGGGCCUGACAAGCUGUCGCUGGUGGAGGAUCUGGGAGCCCCAAGAGAGACCAUGGUGUGUGUGUGUGUGUGUGUGUGUGUGUGUGUGUGAGAGAGAGAGAGAGAGAGAGAGAGAGAGAGAGAGAGUCAGACUUGGCCUUCGCAGUGGUCUCUGGCUGACGAGUUGCCAGGUGUGCUCUCUGUGCUCUGUGUGUCUGCCCAGGGAUCUUCUGCUUUACUUUGCGUUGCUGUUAAAGACGUUCUAACAAGGAAGAGAAUAAGUAAUAAAGGUUCUCGUUUUGAAGUACAAAGAGCACUUGCAGGGAGCGCAUGUGGGAGCAUGGUUCGUUGGGUAGUUCCUGCUUUGAGUGGUUAUAACGGCAGUGACCACGGGCCGAGAUGUGGCAGGGGGAACGUCUGUGGUCCCCGGCUGGGAGCCCCUAUGCACCUUACAGAGGUGGGGGUGUGGUGAGGUCGUCCCUGGAAAGCCUAGUGAGGCCGCACCAGUGAUCAGAGCCACAGAGACCUAGGUCAGGGCAUCCAGGGCUGGGGUCUGUGAACCCACGGAACGUGCAUAUGAUCAUAUGUGUGUCCACAUGUGCCCUUUUCAUGGGGAGCAUGUCCACCAUUCCCAUCUCCCUCCCACAUGGGUCCAUGACAUUCACUCAUCUGAUGGACUCUGCUGAACACAGACUGGGCCUGGGGCUCCGUGCUGGGGCUGGCAGUCCCGACAGGGUCCACAUGGGCUCCAGACGCGCAGCUUUGGUGUGACUAGGGACCGUGGUGGGGGACGGCAGAAAGCAUUUCAGUGACUUGGGAGACCCAGGGUAUAGCUCAGGCUGUGACACUGGAUCAGUCACUUCUUUCUGGAGCCUCCAUUUCCCCAUUUGGGAAGAGGGUUCAACAGGCUCCAUACCUCCCACCUCCCUGUGUUUUGUGAGACCUGGGGGUUAACCAUUAUGUCGUUGUGGCUUCUGAGACGGCUCAAGCUCAGCUCUGAGCACAAAGCAUUUGGACCAAAUACAUUUUAGCAGGUUCCACACCGAAUGUGGAGCUCAACGUGGGGCUUCAACUGCUGACCCAGAGAUCAAGACCUGAUGUGGGGCUUGAACUUGUAACUCUGAGAUCAAGACCUGAGCUGCCAUCAAGAGUCAGAAUCUGACUGAGCCACCCAGGCGCUCCUGGGCUAAGUACAUUUAAGAAAGUCCAAGGAAAGUUAAAAACAAAGGUACCUGCUGUUACCUGAGCUUUUAGGAUGUGCCCGGCGCUGUGCUAAACUUGAUCUCCUCUGAGCCCAGGUGUUUUUAGCCCCUUCCUGCCGCAGGCACUUAGGCUGGGGAGAAGAGCAUCAUGCGCCCAGGACUUGGCAGAACCAUAGGCCAGGGUUUUGUGUGACCUUUGAGCCCACCACGCCUCCCUGCCUCCCUGGAGCCACACCGGUAGUCCUGCUGCCCUAGCCUCUUGUUAGCUCCACAGCAUCUGCCACAGAAAGGCCUCUCUCUUCAGGCUCUGGCUGGCGGUGUCCAACAUUUAUCCCCGUGUCCCUUCCAAACAGUGAUAUUUAAAAUGUCUGGAACCCAGAGGCGGGGCCCUGUGAUGUCAGCCGGUCAGGCAGACUCACUGUGAAUUCUGAGUGGAUCGUCAAUGACUAAGAAAUUCUCUCCUUUCUUCUUCUCCCGUAAUCUGAAAAGACACUCAACAAGUUCAUCUUUCGGUUUAAA